ACACCAACUUUCAAGCCUGUGGUUCCGGUCCAACUAUUCUUCACUUUGAAUUUACCGCUUUCAUUUUUGGUUCCUGUUGGUCCCUCCAUUACACCGUUAUCAUUGAACGUGCAAGUUUGGCCUAUCAAUGCAAAACAGAAUCAGUCAAGUUAUACCGAAUUGGAUGGGCCUUUGCCAAGUUCGACUCCUAACAAGCGCUUCAUCUCCAUACUCGACCGCCCCAAAGACUUGUACAGGGCUGGUGGUGCGAGAAAGCGAAUGGUUAGUGUCAUGCUGAGUGAGGGUGGUCGUGGGGAUUGGGAAUCUUCCGGAGAUCCUAGAUUGGCGAGAUUUACGGCUUCAGUGUACUCCUCCACCAUCAAGACACCGUUGACAGUAGGAGAAAAGUACAUUUCAAAAGCUUAUAGUGACAGUUGA